AUGACAGACGUAACUCCUCUGCAACAAGAUGGCCUGCGCCGUUGCUUCAUCUGCCUCAUGGACGAGAAUGAGACGGGGUCUUCCGAGUCUGCCUGGGUGGACCCGUGUCCUUGCACCCUCGAAGGCCACCAGGACUGCAUGAUCGAGUGGGUGACGGAGUUGGAGCGCGAGGGCAAGGAGAUCCGCUGUCCAGUCUGCAAGGCACCCAUCAAUGUUGACGAACCAUGGGAUCCAGCUCUCGCGCUGAACAACCAGAUCUACAAGGCCUUCAGCAAGAUUUCGCCGGGUUUGAUUCUCGGAGGCCUCGGCGCAGGCACAUGGGUUGGUUUGGCCAUGUAUGGCAACAUUGCCGUGCGCGUGUUUGCCGGCCCAGAGGCGACAUACCGCUUCUUCUUCAACGAUAGAAACCCCCGAGGUAUUCCGACGGUCAACUGGAUUCACGUCGCUAUGCUCCCCGCUAUUGCGCCGGCAUUGGUCAUCGGCCAGUCGUUCCCUGUGUUGGGUAACGUUUUCUUUAUGCCAGCCGCUGCAUUGUACGGCGUUUUCCACAUGGCCCGAGACGAGAACUUCUUCUCCUGGCCUCCUUCCCCCCAGCUUGCAGCAGCAGCCUUUCCCUAUGUACGAGCCGCCUAUAACAGCAUCUACCACGAGUUUGUCUGCGCCUACGAGCGGAAGUGGGAGCGCAGAAUAGCCGGCCUUCCUGAACCCGCACCCCCGGUGAACAACCGACGCGAGCGCAACCAGCAGCGCCGUGCGCGGGAGCAAGAUGCUGCCAACGAUCCCAACAGGAAUGUGGGCAUCGUCGGAGGUCUACUUGACGCGGCGAUAGAUAUGCUAGAUAUUCCCGAUGUCGAAGUUGAUGUGGAGGUAGAAGAAGGGGACGUCAAUGACGAAGACGGGAUUGCUCAUCUCGAAAUUUUGGUGGAGGAGAUUGAAGAGGCGGCGGCUGAGGACGAGCGAGCGAAUGCGAUAGAAGCCGUGGCAGCUCCCGCAAAUGAGCAGGAUGGAGAGCAGGGUGGUGACCAGCAACAACAGCAAGGCCACAAUCACCCCGUACCAGCUCAGCAGCCUGCGCAGGCGGCACCGGCACCCCGUCAACGCGGGCUCCAGGCGAGCUUGCGUGAUGUCACGAACGCACUUGCAAGCACGCUGCUGCUCCCUGUCAUUUCUGCUGGUGUUGGUGAACUCAUUCGCCUCGCUCUGCCCAAGCACCUUACCACCCCUGCGGGCGGCUUCGGUCGCUUCAAAGUCCGGACUGGCCUCCUCCAAGACCAGUGGGGCCGUAACCUAGUGGGUGGCUGUAUGUACGUUGUCCUCCGCGACGCGUUCCGGCUGUAUACGAAAUAUCGUAUGGCGCAAAACAAGCCGCUGAGGAAGGUUAGGAACGUCGACCGGCGGAGGAACAAUUCCUCUUGA